AAAGGAGAAAAUGAGUAAAUCCGCCUGGAAUACAGGUGCCUGGGAGGACCACAAAGUGCAGGGGGUUCUGUUUUCUUUUCUCUUGAAUCAGAGCUACUAGACUGACGCAGCCAUGGGAGACGGGGAAAUGGCGGUGUUUGGCGCGGCCGCUUCCUACCUGCGUAAAUCUGACAAGGAAAGAUUGGAGGCCCAGAACAAGCCCUUUGAUGCCAAAAACACCUGCUUUGUAGAAGAUGAGAAAGAGCUGUAUGUUAAAGGGUUAAUUACUGCCCGGGAAGGUGGCAAAGUCACUGUGAAGACUGAAGAUGCAAGGACUCUAACGGUGAAAGACAACCAGGUGUACCCCCAGAAUCCUCCCAAAUAUGAUAAAAUUGAAGACAUGGCCAUGAUGACCCACCUGAAUGAGGCCUCAGUGCUGUACAACCUCAAAGAGCGUUACGCAGCCUGGAUGAUCUACACCUACUCUGGCCUGUUCUGCGUCACUGUGAACCCCUACAAGUGGCUGCCAGUGUACAACCCCGAGGUCGUAGCUGGUUACAGAGGGAAGAAGCGCCAAGAAGCUCCACCCCACAUCUUCUCCAUCUCUGAUAAUGCCUAUCAGUUCAUGUUGCAAGACAGGGAGAACCAGUCCAUCUUGAUUACGGGAGAAUCUGGGGCUGGAAAGACUGUGAAUACCAAGCGUGUCAUCCAGUACUUUGCAACAAUUGCAGCUAUUGGCGACAGUGGAAAGAAGAAGGAGCCGAGCAACAGUUUGCAGGGGACACUGGAGGAUCAAAUCAUUCAGGCUAACCCCCUGCUGGAAGCCUUCGGUAACGCCAAGACAGUCAGAAAUGACAACUCCUCUCGCUUCGGUAAAUUCAUCAGGAUUCACUUUGGAACCACCGGAAAACUGUCUUCUGCUGAUAUUGAAACCUAUCUCCUGGAGAAAUCCAGAGUUACAUUCCAACUCUCAGCAGAGAGAAGCUACCACAUUUUUUACCAGAUCCUGACAAACAAGAAACCAGAGAUUGUUGAGAUGCUCCUUCUGACCACCAACCCGUACGACUAUUCUUUCAUCAGCCAAGGUGAGAUCGUAGUGAAGAGUAUCGAUGAUGAAGAGGAGUUGAUGGCAACUGAUAGUGCCAUAGAUAUCCUGGGCUUCAAUCUCGAAGAAAAGAUGGGCAUCUACAAGAUGACUGGAGCAGUCAUGCACAAGGGAAAUAUGAAAUUUAAGCAAAAGCAGAGAGAGGAACAAGCUGAGCCUGAUGGCACAGAAGUUGCUGACAAAAUUGGUUAUUUGAUGGGACUGAACUCGGCCGACUUGUUGAAGGCUCUUUGCUACCCGAGGGUAAAGGUUGGAAAUGAGUUUGUGACAAAAGGACAAACUGUCCAACAGGUGAACAAUUCCAUUGGUGCCCUCAGCAAGUCUGUAUAUGAGAAGCUCUUCUUGUGGAUGGUGACGCGUAUCAACCAACAAUUGGACACCAAAUUGCCACGACAGUACUUCAUUGGUGUGUUGGAUAUCGCUGGGUUUGAAAUCUUUGAUUUAAACAGCUUGGAGCAGCUCUGCAUCAACUUUACCAAUGAGAAGCUGCAGCAGUUCUUCAACCACCACAUGUUCGUCCUGGAACAGGAAGAGUACAAGAAGGAAGGCAUUGAUUGGGAGUUUAUUGACUUCGGCAUGGAUCUGGCUGCCUGUAUUGAGCUCAUUGAAAAGCCCAUGGGCAUUUUCUCUAUCCUUGAAGAGGAGUGCAUGUUCCCCAAGGCCUCCGACACCUCUUUCAAGAACAAGUUGUAUGACCAGCACUUGGGCAAGUGCAAGAACUUUGAGAAACCAAAGCCAGCCAAAGGCAAAGCUGAGGCUCAUUUCUCUCUGGUGCACUACGCCGGUACUGUGGACUACAACAUCUGCGGCUGGUUGGACAAGAACAAGGACCCACUGAAUGAGACAGUUGUGGGGCUGUACCAAAAGUCUCCUCUUAAACUCCUGUCCUUCCUGUACUCUUCUUAUGCCGGAUCUGAAGGUGAUGCUGGUGCAAAAGGUGGAAAGAAAAAGAAAGGUUCAUCUUUCCAAACUGUGUCUGCACUCUUCAGAGAAAAUCUCAAUAAGCUGAUGACCAAUCUGAGGAGCACUCACCCUCACUUUGUGCGUUGCCUGAUUCCCAAUGAGAGCAAGACUCCUGGGAUCAUGGAGAAUCAUCUCAUCAUUCACCAGCUGAGAUGUAACGGUGUACUGGAAGGUAUCAGAAUCUGCAGAAAGGGAUUCCCAAGCAGAAUCUUAUAUGGAGAUUUUAAGCAACGUUACAAGGUCUUGAAUGCCAGCGCCAUCCCUGAUGGACAGUUUAUUGACAGCAAAAAGGCAUGUGAGAAAUUGCUGGGUUCCAUCGAUAUUGAUCAUACUCAGUACAGAUUUGGACACACCAAGGUCUUCUUUAAAGCUGGUCUCCUGGGUACACUUGAAGAAAUGAGAGAUGACAAGUUGGCACAACUUAUCACACGUACUCAGGCCCUCUGCAGGGGAUUCUUGAUGAGGAUUGAGUUUAAAAAGAUGGUGGAGAGAAGAGACGCCAUUUUUGUCAUUCAGUAUAAUGUCCGGUCAUUCAUGAAUGUCAAGCACUGGCCAUGGAUGAAGUUAUACUUCAAGAUUAAGCCUCUCCUGAAGAGUGCAGAGACUGAGAAGGAAAUGGCAAACAUGAAAGAGGAGUUUGAGAAGACCAAGGAAGCUUUGUCAAAGUCAGAAGCAAGGAGGAAGGAAUUGGAGGAAAAGAUGGUGUCUCUUCUGCAGGAAAAGAACGAUCUAGCGUUGCAGUGCCAGACAGAAAAUGAAAGUCUAGCUGAUGCAGAAGAGAGAUGUGAAGGUCUCAUUAAAAACAAAAUUCAUUUGGAAGCCAAGAUUAAGGAACUGACUGAGAGGCUUGAGGAUGAAGAGGAAAGCAAUGCUGAACUCACAGCCAAGAAGAGAAAACUGGAGGAUGAAUGUUCUGAGCUGAAGAAAGACAUUGAUGAUCUGGAGCUGACCUUAGCUAAAGUGGAAAAGGAAAAGCAUGCCACUGAAAACAAGGUUAAAAACCUUACCGAGGAAAUGGCUGCUCUUGAUGAGACGAUUUCCAAGAUCUCAAAAGAGAAGAAAGCCCUUCAAGAGGCACAUCAACAAACGCUCGAUGACCUUCAGGCAGAAGAGGAUAAAGUCAAUUCACUCUCAAAGGCUAAAACUAAGUUGGAGCAGCAAGUGGAUGAUCUGGAAGGUUCCCUGGAGCAAGAGAAGAAACUUCGUCUCGACCUUGAAAGAGCAAAGAGGAAGCUGGAAGGGGAUCUGAAGCUGGCCCAGGAGACAAUCAUGGAUCUUGAAAAUGACAAACAGCAAACCGACGAAAAACUCAAAAAGAAAGAUUUUGAAUUAAGUCAGUUGCAAGGAAAGAUUGAAGAUGAGCAGUCCAUAGGGUGCCAACUGCAGAAGAAGAUCAAGGAACUGCAGGCCCGUAUAGAAGAAGUUGAGGAAGAGAUUGAAGCUGAGCGAGCUGCUCGUGCUAAAGUAGAAAAACAAAGAUCUGAUCUAUCCAGGGAACUUGAAGAGAUCAGUGAAAGGCUCGAAGAGGCAGGAGGUGCAACAUCUGCACAGAUUGAGAUGAACAAAAAACGUGAAGCUGAAUUCCAGAAACUGAGACGGGACCUGGAAGAAUCCACCCUGCAGCAUGAAUCCACUGCUGCUGCUCUGCGCAAGAAGCAUGCCGAUAGCGUUGCCGAACUGGGAGAACAAAUUGACAACCUGCAGAGAGUAAAACAGAAGCUAGAGAAAGAGAAGAGUGAACUAAAGAUGGAAAUUGAUGACCUUGCAAGUAACUUAGAGAACGUCUCCAAAUCAAAGGCCAAUCUUGAAAAGCUGAGCCGUGUGCUCGAGGACCAGCUCAGUGAGAUAAAGUCCAAGGAUGAUGAGCACCAGCGUAUUAUUAAUGACCUCACUGCGCAGAAGGCCAGAUUGCAGACUGAAAACGGUGAAUUAAGUCGACAGCUGGAAGAGAAGGAAUCCCUGGUCUCUCAGCUGACAAGAGGAAAACAAGGUUUCACUCAGCAGACGGAGGAGCUUAAGCGACAACUGGAGGAGGAAACAAAGGCCAAAAAUGCUCUGGCGCAUGCCCUGCAGUCUUCUCGCCAUGACUGUGACUUGCUUCGUGAGCAAUAUGAAGAGGAGCAAGAGGCAAAGGCUGAGCUUCAACGCUCCCUGUCUAAGGCAAAUAGCGAAGUCUCCCAGUGGAGAAUGAAAUAUGAGACAGACGCCAUUCAACGCACAGAGGAGCUGGAAGAGGCCAAGAAGAAACUUGCUCAGCGCCUGCAGGAAGCAGAGGAGCAGGUGGAAGCUGUAAACUCCAAAUGUGCCUCCUUGGAGAAGACCAAACAGAGGCUCCAGGCUGAAGUGGAGGACCUAAUGGUGGAUGUGGAGAGAGCCAACAGUUCAGCUGCUGCUCUAGAUAAGAAACAGAGAAACUUUGAUAAGGUGCUUAUAGAAUGGAAACAGAAGUUUGAGGAGAGCCAAGCUGAGGUGGAGGCAUCACAGAAGGAAUCCCGAUCAUUGAGCACUGAGAUCUUCAAGAUGAAGAAUGCUUAUGAGGAGGCCCUGGAACAUCUUGAAACCAUGAAACGGGAGAACAAGAAUUUGCAGCAGGAGAUUUCUGAUCUCAGUGAACAGAUCGGAGAAUCGGCCAAGACAACCAUUGAGCUUGAAAAGGCCAAAAAGCUGGUGGACCAGGAGAAGGGAGACCUGCAAGCUGCACUGGAGGAAGCUGAGGGAUCUCUUGAGCAUGAGGAAGCCAAGAUCCUGCGUAUCCAGCUGGAGCUGAACCAAGUGAAAUCAGAGGUAGACCGCAAGAUUGCAGAGAAGGACGAAGAGAUUGAGCAGCUGAAGAGGAACAGCCAGAGAGUCAUAGACACCUUGCAGAGCACACUGGACUCAGAGAUCAGAAGCAGAAAUGAUGCUCUCAGGCUCAAAAAGAAGAUGGAAGGUGACUUGAAUGAACUGGAAAUCCAACUGGGCCACGCCAACCGCCAAGCAGGAGAGGCACAGAAGCAGCUGAGGAAUGUGCAGGCACAGUUUAAGGACACACAGAUACACCUGGAUGAUUCAAUCAGGGCUCAGGAAGACCUGAAGGAGCAGCUGGCUGUGGUUGACCGCAGAACCACCCUGCAGCAGGCUGAGAUUGAGGAGAUGCGGUCGGCUCUGGAACAGACAGAGAGAUCUCGCAAGAUGGCUGAGCAGGAACUUCUGGAUGCAAGUGAACGUGUUCAGCUCUUGCACUCGCAGAACACUAGCCUCAUUAACACCAAGAAGAAGUUGGAGACUGAUGCUGGUCAGCUUCAGAAUGAGAUGGAAGAGGUUGUUCAGGAAGCCAGAAAUGCUGAAGAGAAAGCCAAAAAAGCCAUCACAGAUGCUGCCCUUAUGGCAGAGGAGCUGAAGAAGGAGCAGGACACCAGUGCCCACUUAGAGAGGAUGAAGAAGAACCUGGAACAGACUGUGAAGGACCUACAGAACCGCUUGGAUGAAGCUGAGCAGCUGGCAAUGAAGGGAGGCAAGAAGCAACUCCAGAAACUGGAGUCUCGGGUACAUGAACUGGAAAAUGAGUUGGACAAUGAGCAGAAACGCGGCGUUGAGGCAGUAAAGGGUGUGCGCAAGUACGAAAGGAGAGUGAAGGAACUGACUUACCAGACUGAGGAAGACAGGAAGAAUGUGCUGAGACUGCAGGAUCUGGUGGACAAACUGCAGCUGAAAGUCAAGGCCUACAAGAGGCAGGCUGAGGAGUCGGAGGAGCAGGCUAACGCCCACCUGGCACGCUUCCGGAAGGUUCAGCACGAGUUGGAGGAGGCUGAAGAAAGGGCCGACAUUGCAGAGUCCCAAGUCAACAAGCUCCGAGUCAAGAGCAGAGACAUUGGCAGCAAGAAAGGUGACAACGAAGAAUAGAGGCCCCUCCCCCUGCGCGCAAGAUGAAAUUUGCAAAAUGUAAAUUUCUUUCCUAAUUCCAUUUUUAUCCUUAUCCCAUUUCCUCUAUAAAUAAAGUCUUUCUAGCAUUUCUCUA